UUGAUAAGCAGCUGCUUGGUGAGCACUGUCAUGAAGCAAUAUCCUUUUUGAAACAUUCAACUGAUGAAUCAGCAAUCAAAGAGAAGAUGAGGGCCACAUUUCAGUACUGUCAAAAACUGGUUCAAGAUCAGUAGUGCUCUUUGACAGUCUUUGAUGUCUUCCCACAAUUCCUCGACAUCACUGGCUUGGUAAGAAACACAGCUUAUUUUUAUUAAGUGAACUGUCACUCAUGGUAUACACUUUUAAGCUGCAUAAGUAUGAAAAUGUGUGUUCUUCUGUAAAUUGAGCAAAACUGACUUCUAAUGUGCACAUUGAAGACCUCUUGUCUGUGGAGCAUGACCCAGGUGGGUCUAGUUAGCUUGGCUCAUUCUUCUCUUUAAAAUAUCUCAAUUACUUGUGAUGUGAAUGUGCCUGAUAUUUCUCCUGUUUUUCCCCUCGGGUGGGACAGUGACCUACUCUUGGUUCACCUGCUUCCUACCACCUCCAAAGGCCACAAAAAGAGUGCUAAAAUCAGCUCUUGUCAAGCUGUUGACCAUGUUGUGAGAUAUAUACAGGGGUGCGGAAAUGAUUGGGCAAGUUGCCGAUCUCUUGUAAGAGAUCCUCGCUGCUAAGCUGAGAACAGCAAAGCACCUUGCAGUUCUCAUCGAUGGAGACACUGACAUAUCAAACACCGAGUGCGAGAUUGUCUACAUGCGCUUGGUGGAGGGUGGGAAGCCAGUCACUCUCCUCAUUGGACAACAGACCCUUGGGCACUCCCAUGCCAUUGGUGUUCUGGAUGCAACCAAGGCUGCAUUCAAUGCAGUUUGCCCAGAGGACAAUGGAGGGUCAUGGAUGAAAAAGCAGAUCAGCUUCGGGGCAGAUGGUGCCUCAGUGAAUAUGGGCCACUGUGGAGGAGUGAUUGCUCUCCUGCAAAGAGAGGCAGGGGAGUAUAUUAUCGCUAUCCACUGCAUGCCACAUAGACUAGAACUGGCAAUCCUGACUCUCAGAAGAAAGAACCAAUGGUGUGCCAGGUGUAUGAUCUUCUGCAUCUCGUGUGGAAGACCUACCACUUCAGUGGAAAGUCCAAGAGAGAGCUCCAUCAACUAGGGCAAGAGCUUGGUUGUGGUUGUCUGCAGGGAACAUGCUGGAACCCCCAUGUCCACAGGGCCCUCAAAGUGUUCCUGCGACAUGGAGCGGACAAGGACCUCGUCACAGACCAUGGCUAGUACUCCAUUGUUCUGCAGCACAUGGAGCACCUGGAUGUUGAAGGUUCAGUGGAGGUUCAAGGACCGGCAAAGAAGAUCAGGGUGUUACCUGGCGGCUGUUCUGGACAAGUGGCAGGGACUGAAGAUCUUGGUCAGUCAAAACUUCAAGGACAAGUCCUACAGUGGCUUGUGGGAGACCAUGCUGACCAAGGAGCCAUACAGGGAGGAUUACAAGAACAUACUGGAGUUGGUGCAGCUGAUGCUGGUGCUGCCCAUUUCAGCUGCCCAGUGCGAGAGGGGCUUCUCUGCACAGAACCGCAUAAAAAGCUCCAAAAGAAGCAGCCAUGCGGUCUCCACCACCAAAGACCUCAUGAGGAUCACCCUGGAGGGGCCAAGAUUUGAGGACUAUGAUCCAAAUCCUGCUGUGGACUGCUGGAUAAACUCAGCCAAGCGUGCCAGAUGCUUCUCUUUGGCUACUCAGAAGCUGUGAUUUUGGUAGACCACAUCAUAGCUAGAAGGUCUUCACCUGUCAGAGAUGAAUUCUAUAGGAACCAAUAAGUGUCCUUGGAUGUGGAUGUCAAUGCAUAGUAGGCCUGCCUAAUGCAUCCAGGCAUUCUGAUGUCUGUCUCCAGCCGCUCCCACCUCCUACACCCCAUCCUCCUCCCCCUCCCUCUGCUGCUACUAUUCACACUUUCAUCCCUCCCUGAGGGCCAUCAAUAAUGCAAAGUGGAGCUCCUCAAGGAGUGUAUGUACACACACAAAGCGUAUAUAGACACACAAACAGGCCCAAACACACAGUCUUGAAAAUACAUACACACAUGGAAGGCUCAGUUCAAUGUGUGAUUUAUAGAGGGGCACUGCAAGGGGCUUCUCAAGUGGACGCCAAUAUCAUGCAGGCAGGCACAUCUGCAGACAUCAAUAAUUAAGGCAGGGGGUCUAGGGGGUCCCAGGGUUACCCCCAUGGGGUGCCCCAGGUGUCAGCAGGAUCCCCCCCAGACUGUCACAGUCUUCCACAAGGGACUCUGACAACAAACAGUGCCUCCUCAUCGUUGUCUUUUUUUG